UUACGAAAAACAAUUUCAUGUUCCGAUUAAAUUUUGAAAACCGAAAAAGUUUUAGGGUUUUCUUCGAGGAAGAAGAGAAUUUUAAGAAAAUUCCUCGAAUAAAAAGAAAAUAAAAUUACAGAAAUCAUCAGAAAUUUGAGGUUUGGUUACAGUUAAAGAUCAAGAUGAUGUUAUCGCUGCAAAGCGAUAAUCGAUUACACCAUCAUCAUCAGCAACAACAUCAGCAACAUCAGCUGCAGCAGAUUCCCGGAGGUGGUGUUGGAUAUUCUAGGGUUUUGUUUGAAGCGGAUCGUGAUGAUGCGUUUGUAAUCAAAUCAGAACCACAACACCAGCAGCAACAUGCGUCUGGAUCUCAUGAAGUGGAUGAAGAUACACUAUUGUCCCUUGCACAUCAGAAAUACAGAUCUGGGAACUAUAAACAGGCUUUGGAUCACAGCAGUGCUAUUUAUGAGAGAAGCCCUCGUCGCACUGAUAAUCUUCUCCUUUUGGGUGCUAUUCAUUAUCAGUUACAUGAUUUUGACACGUGCAUCGUGAAAAAUGAAGAAGCUGUGUUCAUUGACCCAACAUUCGCUGAAUGCUAUGGAAACAUGGCAAAUGCUUGGAAGGAAAAAGGGAAUAUUGAUCGUGCAAUCUACUAUUAUUUGCGGGCUAUUGAGCUACGCCCAAAUUUCAGUGAUGCUUGGUCCAACUUAGCUAGUGCUUACAUGCGUAAAGGACGAUGCGAAGAGGCUAUCAAGUGCUGUCACCAGGCUCUUGCACUAAACCCUGGAUUGGUUGAUGCUCAUAGCAACCUCGGUAAUCUGAUGAAAGCAAAAGGAUUAGUGCAGGAGGCAUAUAAGUGCUAUCUGGAGGCCCUCCGUAUUCAACCAACUUUUGCUAUUGCAUGGUCAAACCUUGCAGGUCUUUUUAUGGAAGCAGGUGAUCUUAACAGAGCGGCUCAGUACUAUAAGGAAGCUGUGAAAUUCAAGCCAACAUUCGCUGAUGCCUAUUUAAACCUAGGAAAUGUAUAUAAGGCCCUUGGAAUGCCUCAGGAAGCUAUUGCAUGUUACCAGCGUGCUCUUCAGGCUCGUCCGGACAAUGCAGUGGCUUUUGGGAAUCUUGGUAGUACAUACUAUGAGCAAGGUCAGAUGGAUUUGGCAAUUCUCCAUUUUAAGCAAGCAAUUACGUGUGAUUCGGGAUAUGUGGAAGCAUACAACAACCUAGGUAAUGCACUUAAAGAUGCCGGCAGGGUUGAAGAAGCAAUCCAUUGUUAUCGUUCAUGCAUCACGUUCCAGCCUAACCACCCCCAGGCUUUAACCAACCUCGGAAACAUAUAUAUGGAAUGGAACAUGCUGAGUGCUGCUGCAACAUGUUAUAAGGCCACAUUAACUGCAACAACUGGGUUAUCUGCUCCUUUCAGUAACUUAGCUAUAAUUUACAAAAAACAGGGAAAUUAUGCCGAUGCUAUAUCUUGUUACAGUGAGGUUCUACGAAUAGAUCCAUUGGCAGCUGAUGUUCUUGUUAAUAGGGGAAAUACAUUUAAAGAGAUCGGUAGAGUUAGUGAGGCAAUUCAGGAUUAUUUGCGAGCUGUUAAUAUCAGGCCGACUAUGGCAGAAGCGCAUGCAAAUUUGGCUUCAGCUUAUAAAGACAGUGGACAUGUGGAGGCGGCUAUUAAGAGCUAUAACCAAGCACUGGUUCUGCGUCCCGACUUUCCUGAAGCAACUUGUAACCUUCUACAUACACUGCAGUGUGUCUGCAAUUGGGAUGAUCGAGACAGCAAGUUCAGAGAAGUUGAAGGGAUUAUAAGGAGACAAAUAAAGAUGUCAGUUCUUCCAAGUGUGCAACCUUUUCACGCGAUUGCCUACCCCAUUGACCCAGUCCUUGCUCUUGAAAUCAGUGGUAAAUAUGCUGCACAUUGUUCUUUGAUUGCUUCCCGCUUUGCUCUUCCACCAUUCAGUCACCCCCCUCGAAUUCCUGUAAAGAGUGAUAUUAGAAGUUUGCGCCUAAGAGUUGGUUAUGUGAGCAGUGACUUCGGUAACCACCCCCUAUCCCAUCUCAUGGGUUCAGUAUUUGGGAUGCAUAACAGAGAAAAUGUUGAGGUAUUCUGUUAUGGCCUAAGUCAGAAUGACGGAACUGAAUGGAGACAGCGCAUCCAAUCUGAGGCCGAGCACUUCGUAGAUGUCUCUGGGUUGUCUUCUGAUGUGAUUGCCCGAUUAAUUAACGAGGAUAAGAUACAAAUCCUGAUCAACCUUAAUGGUUAUACAAAGGGUGCAAGAAAUGAAAUAUUUGCAAUGCAGCCUGCACCCAUCCAGGUCUCAUACAUGGGUUUCCCUGGAACCACCGGUGCGAACUACAUAGAUUAUUUGGUUACUGACGAGUUUGUUUCUCCAACUGGGUACUCACACAUUUACUCUGAGAAGCUCGUCCAUCUCCCACACUGUUACUUUGUCAAUGAUUACAAACAGAAAAAUCGUGAUGUACUUGAUCCAAACUGUCAGCACAAGCGGUCUGAUUAUGGAUUGCCUGAAGACAAAUUCAUUUUUGCGUGCUUCAAUCAGUUGUACAAGAUGGACCCAGAAAUCUUUAUUACUUGGUGCAAUAUUCUUAAACGUGUCCCAAAUAGUGCACUUUGGCUUCUAAGAUUUCCAGCUGCCGGCGAGACGAGACUUCGUGCAUUUGCUGCUGCAGAAGGAGUGCAACCAGAUCGGAUUAUCUUUACUGAUGUUGCCAUGAAAAGUGAACACAUUAGACGUAGUGCUCUAGCAGAUCUAUUCCUUGACACGCCAUUAUGCAAUGCACACACAACUGGAACAGAUGUUCUCUGGGCUGGUUUGCCUAUGGUGACUCUGCCCCUGGAGAAGAUGGCUACCAGAGUUGCUGGUUCACUGUGUCUGGCUACUGGAGUUGGAGAGGAGAUGAUUGUCCACAGUAUGAAGGAGUACGAGGAGAAGGCAGUAUCACUGGCUGAGAAUCGUCCAAAGCUCCUGGCUCUCACUAACAAACUAAAAGCAGUUCGUUUGACUUGUCCCUUAUUCGACACUGCACGCUGGGUGCGGAAUCUGGAAAGGUCAUAUUUCAAGAUGUGGAAUAUCUACUGUUCAAGCGAGGCUCCCCGGCACUUUAAGGUAACGGAGGAUGAUACUGACUUCCCGUACAACAGAUAGAGUUGGCGAAAGGUAAUAUACGUGGUUUGUAGAUAAAACAAAAAAAGUGCAAGAAAAAUAUAAAUCGAUAUAGUUGGGAGGUUCAGAGGUUAGUUCUAACCAACUCCUUGUUUGUUCAAGGGAGUCGUUGGGUCCAGUCUAAUUUGGUGAGAGAAAUGAAGUAUAUCUACAUAUAUAUACAUAUACAAGGGGGAGAGGAGAUGGAUAGAUAGUUAAUAUUGUUUUCUUCUUGUUCUUUCGUUUGUUGGAGACCAAAAUUUAGUAAAAUAGUGCUUUAAACAAUUGUAGCAGCGUAGUACCCAUUUGAGAAUGAAAUCUGUGAAAUUUGCCAAA